AUGCCCACCGUACUAAUAACCGGUUUGAACGGCUUUGUAGCUACCCACACUGCUAUACGUUUCCUCCAAGCUGGAUGGGAUGUACGUGGGACUGUUCGUUCUACUUCCAAAGGCGACAAGACUUUAGCUUUGCCGGCGUUGAAGAAGUAUAGCGAAGAGAGUAGGAUUGGGUAUGUUGUUGUGAAAGAUCUUGAGGGUGAUUUUACGCAAGCUCUUGAGGGUGUUGAUGGAGUCGCACACUGUGCCUCGCCUUGGAACAUGAACGGGAAGACUUGGGCAGAAUAUCGUGAUCCGGCUGUCAAAGGUACAAUCAACAUCAUCCAACAAGCUGCCAAAUUCCCGAAUAUCAAAGCAGUAUCCGUUGUCUCCUCCUUCACCGCCAUCGGAGACUGCACCGUACCUUACUACACCCUCGCGGGACGGGUCUUCACCGAAGCUGAUUGGCCGCCUUUCACCGACGAAUUCGCUGCUGCCUACGAUGGACCACAAGCAGCUGGUCUUUGGUACUGCGUGUCUAAACAGCUUGCAGAAGCCGCCGCCAUCAAAAUUCACGAAGAACUCAAGCCUGGCUUCACUCUUGCGACUCUUUGUCCUCCCACCAUCUUUGGGCCAUCGUAUCAUUUGGCUCCUGGGGAGAAUCCCACCGAAGCGGAUCUCACUACGAGCUUCUUCUACGCCGCCACCGUAGCUGGAAAGGACAAGACCGUUCCAGACACUCUGUACACCUCUUGGGUCGAUGUCCGCGAUGUCGCAGAAGCACUAUGUGUCACCAUCUCGCAAAGCAAAGGUGGCCGAUACGCCCUGUGUAGCGGGUCUUACGAUCUCGAUCAAGUAGCUGAACUCGUGCUCUCUCUCCGACCAGAUCUUGCUCACGUCGUACCUCAACAUAAGACCAAAGAUACGCCUCUAAGUAAAGGAACAUACACCUUAGAUUCCACCAAGGCGACUCAAGAGUUGGGAAUCCACUUCAUUCCGCUCGAGAAGAUGGUAGAAGAUAGUGUGACGCAAUUCGAGAAUAUUGGAGCUGUCGUUUCGGCCUGA